AUGGGGAAAAAGUGCGUCGCUUACGGCUGUACUAAUGUAAAUGAGGAUGGCGUGUCUUUACACAACUUCCCAAACCCUACAACGGAGAAGGAGCGAUUUGACGGAACAGACAAGUCAAACGUACGCGUGUUGAUUGGACCUGGCCUCCGCUCCCUGUCUGUCCGCUCACUGUCUGUCCGCUCACUGUCUGUCCCCUCCCUGUCUGUCCGCUCACUGUCUGUCCGCUCACUGUCUGUCCGCUCCCUGUCUGUCCGCUCCCUGUCUGUCCGCUCCCUGUCUGUCUGCUGCGUGUCUGUCUGCUGCGUGUCUGUCUGCUCCCUGUCUGUCCGCUCCCUGUCUGUCCGCUCCCUGUCUGUCCCCUCCCUGUCUGUCCCCUCCCUGUCUGUCCGCUCCCUGUCUGUCCGCUCCCUGUCUGUCCGCUCCCUGUCUGUCCGCUCCCUGUCUGUCCCCUCCCUGUCUGUCCGCUCCCUGUCUGUCCCCUCCCUGUCUGUCCGCUCCCUGUCUGUCCCCUCCCUGUCUGUCCGCUCCCUGUCUGUCCGCUCACUGUCUGUCCCCUCCCUGUCUGUCCGCUCACUGUCUGUCCGCUCACUGUCUGUCCGCUCACUGUCUGUCCGCUCCCUGUCUGUCCGCUCCCUGUCUGUCCGCUCCCUGUCUGUCCGCUCCCUGUCUGUCCGCUCCCUGUCUGUCCCCUCCCUGUCUGUCCCCUCCCUGUCUGUCCGCUCCCUGUCUGUCCGCUCCCUGUCUGUCCGCUCCCUGUCUGUCCGCUCCCUGUCUGUCCCCUCCCUGUCUGUCCGCUCCCUGUCUGUCCCCUCCCUGUCUGUCCGCUCCCUGUCUGUCCGCUCACUGUCUGUCCGCUCCCUGUCUGUCCGCUCACUGUCUGUCCGCUCCCUGUCUGUCCGCUCACUGUCUGUCCGCUCCCUGUCUGUCCGCUCCCUGUCUGUCCGCUCCCUGUCUGUCCGCUCCCUGUCUGUCCCCUCCCUGUCUGUCCGCUCCCUGUCUGUCCGCUCCCUGUCUGUCCGCUCCCUGUCUGUCCGCUCACUGUCUGUCCGCUCCCUGUCUGUCCGCUGCGUGUCUGUCUGCUGCGUGUCUGUCUGCUCCCUGUCUGUCCGCUCACUGUCUGUCCGCUCCCUGUCUGUCCGCUCCCUGUCUGUCCGCUCCCUGUCUGUCCGCUCCCUGUCUGUCUGCUCACUGUCUGUCCGCUCCCUGUCUGUCCGCUCCCUGUCUGUCCGCUCCCUGUCUGUCCGCUCCCUGUCUGUCUGCUCCCUGUCUGUCCGCUCCCUGUCUGUCCGCUCCCUGUCUGUCCGCUCCCUGUCUGUCUGCUCACUGUCUGUCCGCUCCCUGUCUGUCCGCUCCCUGUCUGUCUGCUGCGUGUCUGUUCUGAGCACUUCACCCAGGACUCGUUUGUACACAUUAAUUCGGUGGCUAUAA